AUGGCGGAUUGGCAAAACCUUCCGGAUGAGCUCCUGGACAUAAUAGCCACAAAAUUAACCACCAUCUCCGCCAACAUCCGAUUCACCGGCGCAUGCCGUUCGUGGAGAAUCGCCGGCUUACAACACCGUCUCCCCCUAACUCAGCGGCGACGGAUUCCAGGCCUCAUGCUUCCCCCAAAUGGCCACCGCAAAGUACACAAUUUCCCCUGCAAAUUCAUUCCACUAACCGAGUUCAUCAACCAUGGUAAGAAUAAGAAGAAGAAGAACAACAACAACAACAGGGGCGGCGAAAUUCCGUGGCGGUUCGGAAAGAGCAGCGUCUGCAUCGGGUCGUUGAAAGGAUGGAUGCUUAUUCUGGACCACGACUGCAAAUGGAGGCUGCAGAACCCUGUGACGGGCGCGGAAUUCGCUCUUCCUGCAACCGGAUCGAGACUGAAGAGGGGUGAAAAUUACCAGCCAUACGUGUUGUGGUAUAAUAGGCAUCGAUAUAGGGUUUCAAUCUGGGCUCCUCCUCCUCCUCCUCCCUGGAGCGGCGGCGGCGGCGGCGGUCACUCUGUUUCCGUUUCCGAUUGGUUCGUCUCCGUCGUCGAGCCUUGGAAACCCCGCGUGAGGUAUUGCAGGGUUGGAGAUUCGAAGUGGGUAGUUGUUGAUUUUUCAGAGCAUGGGCUUGUAAUAGUGGAUGCAAUCUGGGCUGAAGAAGAAGGGUCUCUUUAUGUGUUGAAUGCAGCAGGGGAACUCUUCUGCUGCGAAGGCGGCGGCCCGGAGAAGAAGCAGAACAAGAGGCUCGUGGCACUUGGCAGAGAUCACUUCUUGGGACAGGAUCAAUGGGGAGCAUUCAAGUUCCUGGUGGAAGUUGAGGGGGAGAUUCUGCUGCUUAGCCGGAGGAUGGAAGCUCCCCAAAGUGAUGGCAUGUUCGAGUAUAAGAGAACUAGCGGGUUCGAUGUGUACAGACUUGACAGGGAGAGGAUGGCGUGGGCUGAGAUGGCGGAGUUGGGAGAGCUUGCUGUGUUCGUAGGGUUUGGGCAGCCGUUCUGGGUUCGAGUCGAGCCAGAGUCGGGGAUCAAAGGGAACUGCAUUUACUAUCUGGAUAUGGAAGAAAAAGAAAAUCGUUGUAGUAAGACCAUUUGGUACGGUAUUUGUGCGUACGAUUUGAAGACCUCAACGGUUGAGUUCUUAGAUUUCGAACUUGAGAUGAGACGGUACGGGAAACCAGCCCGAUUGCCUAUACCCAUAGCUCCAGAGCCUUGGUGA